AUGCCCCACGCAACACCCUGCUGUGUCCCUCUUCUCCUGGUUUUUCCCUGCGUCCUGCUCAGCACCGCCCGUGUCUCCACCUGCCCGGCACGCUGCGAGUGCAUCCCUCAGCUCCGGGCAGUCUCCUGCCCCCGUAGGCGCCUCUCCACUAUCCCCGAGGGCAUCCCAACUGAGACCAAGGCCCUGGACCUCAGCAAGAACCGCCUGCGGUGCCUCAAUGCUGGGGACCUCUCCCCCUUCCCACUCCUGGAGCACCUGGACGUCAGCGAGAACAUCCUGGCCCACGUGGAGCCGGGUGCCUUUGGCAACCUCCUCAGCCUCCAGACCCUGCGGCUGCGUGGGAACCACCUCAAGCUGCUGCCCCCCGGCGUCUUCAGCAAGCUGUCCAACCUCACCCUCUUAGACAUCAGUGAGAACAAGCUCGUCGUCCUUCUGGACUACACCUUCCAAGACCUCCGGAGCCUGAAGAGCUUGGAGGUUGGGGACAAUGACUUGGUCUUCAUCUCCCGGAAGGCCUUCUAUGGCUUGGUGGGCCUCCAGAAGUUGGCCCUCGAGAGAUGCAACCUCACGAGCAUCUCUUCCGAGGCCCUCUCCCGACUCCCCAGCAUGGAGGAGCUGCAUCUACGGCAGCUGAGCUUCUCCUUGGUGGAGAACCAGAACUUCAGGAAGCUCCACAGGCUCUGGUUGCUGGAGAUUGAUAACUGUCCGUUUCUGGAGGAGAUCUCCUCAGGUGGCUUCCAGGGGCUGAACCUCACCUCCCUCUUCAUCACCUACACCAACAUCACAGCCGUGCCCACGCCCGCCCUGAGGUCCCUGGUGCACCUCAUGUACCUCAACCUGUCCUACAACCCCAUCUCCACGGUCCACAAGGGGGCCUUCAAAGACCUCAUCCGCCUACGGGAGCUGCACCUGGUGGGUGUUCUCCUGCUAUCUGUUGAGCCCCAGGCCCUGUCUGGCCUGCGGCAGCUCCGCCUCCUCAACCUCUCCAACAACCUCUUGUCAACCUUGGAGGAGAGCGUCUUCCACUCCGUCAACACCUUGGAAACCCUUCGCGCUGACCGGAAUCCCUUGAUCUGCGACUGCCGACUGCUGUGGAUCCUCCAGCGUCGGAAGACGCUGAACUUCGACGGGCAACCGCCCACAUGCAUUUCCCCCCCGGAGGUCCGGGGUGAUGCCCUCCGUGACUUCCCUGACUCAGUUCUCUUUGAGUUCUUCACCUGCCAGAAGCCCAAGAUCAGGGACCGAAACCUUCAGCAUGUCACGGCCUAUGAAGGCCAGGCCGUGUCCUUCAUGUGCCGGGCGGAUGGAGAGCCCGUCCCAUCCAUCAGCUGGGUGUCCCCUCAGCACCGCAUGAUCCCAGCCAGGAGCUCCGGGCGGACCGCUGUCCUGCCCAGCGGGAACUUGGAGAUCCGCUAUGCCCAGGUCCAGGACAGCGGGACCUACAUCUGUGUGGCCACCAAUCCCGGCGGCAACGACACGUACUUUGCCACCCUGACAGUCCGGGGCCCCGCUGCGGAUGGGCCCCCGCUCACCAACCGCUCCCUGUACCUGGGGGAGCUCAACGACAGUGCCCGCAACGAGAGCCAGGUGGUCCUGAAGUUCACGCUGGACCUCACCACCAUCCUGGUCUCCACUGCCAUGGGGUGCAUCACCUUUCUGGGGGUAGUCCUCUUUUGCUUCCUCCUCCUCUUCGUCUGGAGCCGGGGCCGGGGGCAGCACAAGAACCACUUUGCAGUGGAGUAUUCAUUCCGCAAGGUGGAUGGCCCAGCCACGGCGGCAGGGCAGGGGGGCGCCAGGAAGUUCAACAUGAAGAUGAUCUGA